AUGCUAGUAAAUGGACGAGCUUUGGCGCAGUUAUGCACCGAUGAGUCAUAUGAAGCGAAACUUUCCGGUACUCUCUUCCUGUUGCAGGAUGGACGCUGGCGAUCGCUGCACGGUUUAUUAAAAGCUAAUUUAUUGUUUUUAUUCAACCAGCCAGAAAAUGUGGGAAUUGAAGCUCCAUGUAUAAUUCUGAUUUUGGAGGACUGUUAUAUGGAACUGUGUGAUGAUAAUGCAACAAAGCGAUCGUAUUCUUUUGAAGUCAUUUUGAAAACGACUGGGAGAAGGUUUACGUUUGCUGCGGACAAUUUGAAGGCCUUAGAACGAUGGAUUUCGUCGUUAACGGUUGCUUCAUUGGAAUAUAUUACGAUUACGAAACAAUCAUUCUUGGAACAAUUAAAUGACAAUGAAGAAAAAACAUAA